GCGCUCUCCGGGCGCGGGGUGCGCUGCCCCGGCCGGCGCGGUGGCAGCCCGCGGCCCUCCCAAAGCACACCUUCCCGCGGUACGAGACUGAGAGAAAACGGGUGGCGGGACGCACGCACUAAGGGGCCGCCUCCGCAUGGCGGGCACGCCUGACCGGCCCGGCCCCACCUCGGCCGCCCCCCGCCUGGGGCUCUGCCCCCUCCCCUCGGAGCCCCCUCGCACCGCCCGCCGCUUUCCAAGCGCUGGAGGGGGGGCAGCGGCCGCCCGCCCGCCCUCGCCGGAGCCGCCCCUGGGCGGGCAGCCCAGGCCCGCCCCGCCGGCAGGUGCGGAGCCGCCGCCCGCGGGCGCAGCCGGCGCCGUCACGGCGUGUGCCGGGCGGGGAAGCUCCUGCGGGACGGGUCCGGCCGGCCAGACCCUUCCGCCGGUGGGUGCCGAGCCGGGGCCGCCGCCGCCAUGAGCAAGAUUUCCAAGUUCUUCAAGGGGGGCGGCUCGGCCGCCUCCAAGGGCCGCGGGGGGCCCUCGCCGCAGGAGGCGCUGGCCCGGCUGCGGGAGACGGAGGAGAUGCUCAGCAAGAAGCAGGAGUACCUGGAGACGAGGAUCGAGCGGGAGCUGGCGGCAGCCCGGCAGCACGGCACUAAGAACAAGCGAGCUGCCUUACAAGCACUGAAGAGAAAAAAGAGAUACGAGAAACAGUUGAGUCAAAUUGAUGGGACACUCUCAACCAUUGAGUUCCAGAGAGAGGCAUUGGAAAAUUCCCACACCAACACAGAAGUCCUCAGGAAUAUGGGUUAUGCUGCACAAGCUAUGAAAAAAGUACAUGAAAAUAUGGACUUGAACAAAAUUGAUGAUUUGAUGCAAGAUAUCACUGAACAGCAAGACGUUGCCCAGGAAAUUUCAGAUGCUAUCUCAAACCGAGCUGCCUUUGGUGAUGAGUUUGAUGAGGAUGAGUUGAUGGCAGAAUUAGAAGAACUGGAGCAAGAAGAAUUGAACAAGGGAAUGAGAGAUGUCAGGUUGCCAAGCGUUCCAUCCACAUCGCUGCCUUCUCACCCUGCAUCAACCAGGAAGAGAGUGGAGGAUGAAGACGAAAUGAAGAAGCUGGCUGCCUGGGCUUCAUAAGAGCCUGGUCUUUUUAUAACACUGAACAUUAGGGCUGUAAUGCUGCUUCAUUACCAUACCGAUUUGGUGUGGUUGCAUUUCAUACAGGCUGGGUUUUUUUAUGGUCAAUCUUGCUAAGAACAGUGCUACUGCCAUAUUAAAAAAACUAGUUUAAAAACAAACAAACAAAAUGUGAUAGUUGCAAAAACCUCCAAGCAUCAAAGGUUUUUUUUUCAGCCUCAUCCAGAGAUCUGUUUUUUUUAUCAGUAUCAGUUUUAUUAGGUAAUUUCUUACUAUAUCUUGCUGUGAAAACCUGUGUGCUUCUCUUAUGCACACAGCUGGUUUCACUGUUGAAAUGAAAUGAAAAAGUUCAAUAAGUCAUCAGGGCCCUAUCCUAGAGGGUUAUUUGAUUCCAACUAUUUGAAUAUUGGCAAAACAGCUUUAUACAUGUCCUGACUUGCAAGUUCCUUUGAGCCCAAGAGCCUGGAGCAAUUUCUGGUGUCCUAGAUAUUAAGAGGAGACUCUUCUGUAGUUUUUUUUUGAAGUGGGAUAGGUUUUUAUUUUGUUUUAAACUUUGACCAGAAUAUCCAAUGCACUUCUAUAGGUCGACUUGAAUUGUAUUUUGAACUUUUUCCAGCUCAGUUCAAGAACAGUUUCAAUGAUUGGGGGAAACGAAAAGUCUCAGUUCUUACGGAUCCCUGCCAAACAAAACUGAUUUCUGCUAACCCUGUCAAAAAUCCAGAAGAGAUUUGACCUUCCUGUGUUGUUCUCCUCCACUGUGUCUUUCUAGGGUGACUCUUUACUUUGCAUGAUAAUACCCAUCCUCAAAGGAAUUAGUAACACAUUUUUUUAAUUAUAGAAUUUCAAAAUAAUUUUAACUUCUGACCAUUCAGUUCUUUUCUCUCACUCAGUUUCUUAAUGGAAAUAAUACCAGCAUGUUGUAUUUGAAAUGCCUUUUUAACCCUGGUUAAAAGCUGAUUCUGAAUUAUUUGGAAGUUGACAUGUUAUUGUCCAGCUGACAGCUUUUUAGCUUAAGGAACAAAUGCUGGUCUGAGUGCUAAACUACUAAAUUUAUAGAGAAAUCACUGUUCAAAUAGAAAACAAAAAUUAAAUAGGCUGCUUUACGCUAGAAAAUUUACUAAGACAAGCUCUAUGCUAGUAGCCUGCUGUCAAUCACAAGGAAAUAGUGAAACACUGUGGAGUUCCUAGGGAUGUGGUAAGCAGAGUCACGUUGAUCCUAGGUUUCUUGUUUUCAAAUUAAUUUAAAUUUACUGGUCGUUGAACCACUUGGGGAAUAGUGGGAGACUUGAUUUCUGUAGAUCUAUAGCAACAGAAGACAGACCCUUUCUCCUGUGGGCUUUAGCCUGUGAUUUGCUGCGUGUUCUGCUUUGAUAGGGUAUAAUAGGCUUCAGCUUACUGCAUUUAAGGUUAAGCGUAAGCUAAUGUGUGUUUCUGGACAUGGUGUGCUCAGAACCUUUCAAGUUGAGUUCCAUGGAUGAAACCCAAAGCUUACAAACCCUGUGGAGAGAUUCAGUUUUUCCAGACUUUUGCAUUCUCUGUAGUGGAAUUGCUUUUGGUUUGCAUUCAUAUGAAAGGAAGAUCAAGCCUUGCCAGUUUACUUCGGAUAAAUUUCUUACUGGAAAAAAUGUGUGUUAGUUCUGUCCCAAAGUUUUGGAUGUACCAGGAGAAUUGUCCGUUUCUGUUGAGAGUUGAGAAAACUUGAAACUAUUCAAUUUUUGUUUUAAAAAAAAAAACAACAAAAAGUUAAAGAACUGCCUUAAAUUUAAAAAAACACUUUGAACUCUCAGUAGGAGACCAAACACUAACAAAAUGUUACUCGGUUUUAAUGCUUGCUGAAAAUCAGGAUGAGAUGCCAGCUGAAAGCAGGCCUAUUGAAUAAAAUAACAAAUAUUCUGAGUUAUUUAGAAUUUGUUUGCUAAUCCUUUUGGCUGGAAUCCUGUUUUCAAGGUAUGCAGUCCAUGCAAGUCUGUGGAUUGUGUACCGAAAGAAUUAGUGUACACUGAUUGCAUCACCAUGUGAGGCUGGCCGUGUGCUUGUGGACACAUCUGGUAUUUCUAAAUGCAAGGCCAUGCCAACAUAGUCCCAUGCUUAGCUUGGAAAAGCUGUCUUUUAGGAUCUGUUCGUGGUCAAAUUAGUAGUUUUCCAAUACUUGGCACUUAUGUAGCACUUAGCAUAUUUAAAGUGCUCUUACAACCUAACCAAAAUAGGUGUCUAAGCUUCCAGUUUGAAACUAAAGUGAUUUUCAGUCUGCUUUGGAAGAUGUGGGCCCACAGUUUUUGUGCAAGAACUUUCCAUGUGAACACCCUGCAGGGGAGAAGAAAUCCUUGGGAUGGUCGUCUCCUUUGCAAGCUAGUGGCUGACUGCCGAUGUCCAGCAAUGUUUUGGCCAAGUGUUGAUCCUGGGAAGCCUCAGUUGUCUUCAGCUUAUUGAUUUCAGACCGGGCACUUAAGGAACAAAAUUCGUGAAGGGUGAAGAAAAGAAACUGGUGAUUCGCAUGAGCUUCUCUAAAACCUUCUGUGUAGUGGCUGGUGUUUCUGGAUGAGAAGAGUCACAUACCAGUUCACAGGCUAGGACAGGCGCGGUUGGUGAAGCCAUACUCAGAGAUACUAUAGUCACGCACACAGGCCAAAAUGCAGUAUGGACCUCCAGAGCUGGAGUGCUUGAUGCCGUAUUCGUUUGGGAGACAGUAGAUGACUUGUUUUCUUCAAAAGCAAAUGGGUUCUAGGGAUUUAAUUCAGCUGAGGAGGUGGCUCUUUCCUGUGUAAAUUUAGAUGACACUGAGACAAAUGGCUCUUCCUUUUUUGAACAUAUGUCUCUUUUCAUGCCAAGAUGGUAUUUGUUUAAUAUGUAAGCAGACCAGAGUGACUAGUGUCAACGUGUUAUUGUAAAUGUACUCUCUAUUAAUUGGAAUGUAUUUUACAAGGGGGCUGUGGCAGUAGAUGGUGUACUAUAGCUGACUUCCUUUCUUGUUUCUUGUUUCUUUUAAGAAUGUUUUCUUCUCUUAAUGGCCUUGGACAUUUUUAAUCUGGAUAGCUUUAAAAGGGGGAAAUAUAUUAAUAAAAAGUAAAAAAGAAUUAAUAUAUACUGUAAAUAAAUACUUUGGUGUCAUA